GUGGACGACGGUAGCGCGCAGCUGCGGUCGGACGGACUGAUCUCGGACCUCGAGGAGGCUGGAGGGCCCCCGAGCAUCCCUGAUGCCCCUCUGCGCCCCUCCGUAUUGGGGGCGAUGAAGAAGCCCCCGCUGAGGGCCGCAGGGCUGCGCGGCCGGCGGCAGUAUGCAGUGGGGCGCCGGGCUCGGCGCGCUCCACUUCGACCGCAAUAGGAGUAUCUCCUGCGGCCGUCUGGUUGUCGUCGCCGGACACCCGCUGCCGGAGUCCACCGCCACCAUCAUGGCCGACUCGUGGUGGCGGAAAACGCUGUGCUUGGCCGGGGGCGCCCUGCUCGCCGCCGCCGCCUAUUUACUGCAUGAGCUGCUGGUCGUGAGAAAAGAGCAGGAACUGGAUUCUAAAGAUGCCAUCAUCCUUCAUCAAUUUACUCGGCCCAAGAAUGGAAUACCCAGCCUGUCCCCUUUUUGCCUGAAAAUGGAAACCUACCUGCGCAUGGCAGACCUGCCUUACCAGAACUAUUUUGAUGGGAAGUUGUCUCCACAAGGGAAAAUGCCAUGGAUUGAGUACAACCAGGAGCAGGUGUGUGGUUCGGAGUUCAUCAUCGACUUCCUGGAGGAAAAACUCGGUGUGAAUCUGAACAGCAGUCUGAGUCCUGAAGAGAGAGCAGUGUCACGGACUAUCACCAAGAUGGUGGAGGAGCACUUCUACUGGACGAUAGCCUAUUGUCAGUGGGUUGAUAAUGUGGAGGAAACUAAAAGCAUGCUAGCUGUGAGCGGGCCACUAAGUGAACUCCUGAAGUGGAUCCUGAGUCACGUGACUGGCAGCCUGGUGAAGAGAGAAAUGUAUGGCCAUGGCAUUGGGCGUUUCUCGAAAGAUGAAGUCUAUGCUUUGAUGGAGAAGGAUAUGCGCACCCUUGCUACUCUGCUUGGAGAUAAAAAGUAUAUCAUGGGCCCCGAGGUCUCCACAGUCGAUGCGGCUGUAUUUGGUCAUCUUGCUCAGGCCAUGUGGACGUUACCAGGCACACGGCCAGAACAGCUCAUUAAAGGUGAGUUCAUUAAUUUAGCCAUGUACUGCGAGCGCAUCCGGAGAAAAUUUUGGCCUGAGUGGUUUGUGGACGUUGACGAUUUGUACUACGAUGGUAUAAGUGAAGAGCCCAACUCUCCAUCACAGCUGCCUGACCUGGGUCUGUACUCACGCAGCGACAGCUUCCCUGAAGAACCUAGCACCCUCUCACACUCCGCCACCACACAUUCGUUGGACAGCGAUCCCACUGGACGUUCAAUCUUUGACUCUGACAUGGAGGCAGAGUACUCGGAGAUGGAGCAGCUCAAGGGUUAAUCAAUCUUUCCUCUGCAGUGCCUCUGCACAGGCCCUGCCACACUGUCCUCUUUCAGGCCACUCCCACCAGUCAGAAGGAGAGUGGCUUUUAUGAGGAUGGCAGAGCUUCUUAAUGAUUCUGAGUGAACAAGAGACUGAAAACGGCAGUUUCACUUUUUACAUGCAAGAGAAUAAUGAAUUAAGAGGGGAAAAAACGGAAAGUGAAAAGUUAAUCUGCUUAUUUGAGAGAAAAAUUAAGUGGGGAGGAUAACCUGAGAAGAGAUUUAAUGCAUCACACAAUACAGAGCACUACUAGGAAGAGAAGUCAAGCAGAAGAAUAUCAAACAGUAAAAUAAUGAAGCAAGCUAAUGUUUAAAAAGAGAAAGACAAGGGACUGAAUGAUGCUACUGCUGAAUCAUUCCCUCCAUAGUGAAAGACCACUGCUUGUAGUAGCUGCGUCCUCUCACCAUGUUCCUCUUCAUCUCUCUCUUGGACAUGAACAGUCUCUUUUGUCCUAAGAUUUAUUAUAGUGUGAAUGUCAAUAUGAACGUGAAUAUUUAAAGUUCUGGAUUUGUCAUAUGUGGCAACCUGUUGAUGCAUUCUUCAACAAUAUGGCCUUGGCUAGCUUUGUUGUGCUGGUAGGUUUUACCUAAUGUUGCCCUGGGACUACAUAUGAAAGUCUAGUUCUUCACCACAGUUAUUGCUCUGAUGUACUGCUCAGUCCACCACCUGUAGAUUCCUUUUAACCUUAAUAAUUGAUUAACCUUCUCGUAGAACUAUCAUAGCCUGGGUCCUGAUGAAAAAAUCCUAACCCUAACCCAAAAGAUAUGCCUUUAAACCUCAUGAUUACCUGAGGCAGUCUAAUAGCUCACAAACCGAGGUCCGUUUUUGUUUCUACAUAACAAUUGGAAUAAGAAAAUAGGGUGAUUGUCAUACAUGAAGAUUAAUGAAUGGAAGUGUUUGCAUAGUAUUGUCUUUAUGAUAAAGAUUUAUGAUAUGGAUGUUUUCAACUACCUAACACACACUUAAUCAAUCUGGAGCUUGCAUUGGCUUGUCUGAUGGGACCCUAGGUGCUUGUCUGACGUGACCCUAGGUGCUUGGCCCCCUGAUAGGGCCCUCAGCAUUUGAGUUAAUGCACCAAGAACAGUUCUCCCCAUUCUUUAAUAUGUUUGUCUCUGUGAUCCAUCCGCUUUGUAUGUUGUAGUCACUGCAUGCAUAGGCCGUUUACUUAAGCUUGAGCUUGAUUCAUGGGACCCACAAGAACCAAAUUUUUGGCCAGUGGGUUUAUUAUAAUGACCUUAUUAUUUCAAUUGGGUAUAUGAUGCUUCAGCAACUAUGCUUGAGGAGCAGUACUGACCAACAAUGCAGUGUAGAAAUACUAUUAGAAAUUAUAAUUAGAAACAUCCUGUUUGUGCUCAGUGAGUGAAAGUGGCCAAUACAUGUGUUUGUCAGACAGCAGAUGCGUGUAAACAAUGUGCCUGAUUUUUAGAGAGCAGUUCUGGUCUGAAAGUGCCAUUCUUUUUUUGAAAGGUUUUAUUUUUUAUUGUUUGCAUAAGGACCCAGAAGGAUAAGCGGCUUAGGAAGUGCGUGUGUGUGUGUGUGUGUGUGUGUGUGUGUGUGUGUGUGUGUGUGUUUGCAUAAGGACUCUAUAUCUAUUUAUCUUUUCCAGGAGCAGAAUGGAAAAAAAAUGGAAAGGAACAGAAUGCAGCGUGUCAUGUUUUAUCAAACAAUAUUAUAAUAGACCAACAGUAAGAAAUUAGUUAAAAUUACCAGUAUUGAUGGAACUUUUAGAUCUUGUUUUUCUCCUUGCAUUAACAUGAAUUUCAUAUGUGGAUCUACUUUUGGAAGCUACUUUCUUGUUGGAAGCUUUCAUCGGUCCAGAGUGCAAUAAGGCACUUGUUUUUUGGAAAACUCUUGCCUUGUGCAUACGUCAUUUAUCGUUUCACCUGCAAGUCAGCACUCUGCAGACGCAUUUCUGGCUAGGUAAUUGUAUGUGGAUAUAGAAUCCGAUCACAGUGCAUCUUUGAUGUGUUUACACUUGGCUUCAGUAUGAAUUGUUUACUGUGGUCUAUUUCACACAAAUCAGAGUUAGACAGGACUUAAACACAAAGGCUACAUUCACAUUUUUUUUGGUCAGAUUCAACCCAUGUUUUUUCAUGUGGCCAAAAUCUUUUGUUAGUGUGAACAGCCUUUUGCCCUGAAAGGAUCCAUGUUGCACAAUGAACUGCGAUGGACUGUAAAAGAAAAGGCAUGAAUUCUUACUGUUUUUAUUCCGUUCAAAAUUAGGAGGGUUGGAUAAGUGUCUGAUCUCUAAUGAAAGGGUCCCAAAUGUGAUUAGAAAAGAUCAGUUAAUUGCCACUUUUAGGCAAAAAAUAAAUUUGUGUUAAUUUAACCUUAUAAUGUGAACAUUUACUUCUUUGGAGUGUUUGUUAUCCUGAUUUGUAACCACAAAUGUCAAAUACUGACCAACUCCGGACCAGGCUCAGGGUAUCAUUCACAGAAUUGGAUAACAAAACUGAUACCUUGAAGAAGCACUGUCUAAGAUUUUGAACUGAUUACUGUAUCAGGGGGGAAAUUGUACUAAAAGAUUUAGUUUUUCAGCUCAAAUGAUACGUCUUUACAUAUUGAUAUAACACGCACAGACUCAAAAAGAAGGUGCAGCUUGAUGUUUAGGUGUCAAAUGCAAAAUUUGUGUCAUUCUGAUGAAGAUGUGUUACCAAUAGUAGAAAAUUCUCUUAGACAUGAGUUCUCUUUCCAUAUUCUCACAAUGUGCUUGUAAUCAUUGGAUUCAUUUGGCUGUAGACGUCCAUUGUUACAGAUGUUCUUCUGCAUGUUGCAUGCAAUUGCACAUUUCCACCAGAGAAGUCUCAAUCUCCAAAUCGUACAUAGUGCAACUUUAUUUUUGGCAGUAGUUCCUGAAUGAUACUAUUUUCAAUAGUGUGCUUUAAAAUACAACCCGAAAGUGGAUGUGGCGUACACCAGAUUUUCAGUGGAACAAGCUUGUCUUUUGACCAAUGUUAAAAUUGACUACUUAAGAUCUGAAGAUGUGGAUCCAGGAUCCUGGAGAAGAGUCCAAAACAUUGUAUUGCUUUAUCACGAGGUGGAUGAAAUUUUUAGUUCACUGACAAAAAGAGCUUCAGAGUUGGCAUCAUUGGCAAGGCGCUUUUGUCCAACUGAAUGAAUCAUUUUGUGUGUCAUGAAACAGAAACAUUGUGCAGAAUUUCCACAAAGGCUCUAGGGAGCUGCGCCAGGGAAAGAAAUUUCAUAUGCAAGAGUGUGCUAAGCAUUGAGUCAACACUGGUGAUUUUAUUGUAGUGGUUAAGGGAUGGGCAGGGGUGGGAUCAUUUUUGUGAGUGAGUAUGCGAGUGUAGUAUGGUGUGUUUGUGUCCAUCUGGUGCAUGAAUGAGUCAUAAUCAUACAUGAAUACCGUCAGAGGAAGAAUUUCCAAGACUGUUGUCCCAUGGGUGGCUAACACACACAUGUCCAUGAACAUAGAUCCUGUAUGCAUAGAGCCUUAUCUGAACAGUGACUGCAGCUUCAGUAACCAGCCUUUUGUAUAGUACAUCUAUACGUUUGAGGUGCUGACUAUUAAACCGGAAUUUUAUCUGUGGCAUUAAUGGUUUACUGUGCCAAACAACUAAAACUGAAGCUUGUUUACUGGUACAUGGCCAACUGUACUGUGCACACUGUCACCCACUCUUUGCCAUUUUUAUUUAGUUUACUUUUUUUUUUUUUUCAUUUGUCUAUGUCUAUUUCUCUUGGUCAAAUAGUUAUUAGGGAUUCCCAAUGUGGAAUUUCCAGGUUGAUAACAAUAACUGAUAAUAACACUUAAUAACACAUUAAUGUAGAUUAAUAAUUUUUAUAUUGAAAUCACAAUUUGAAAGAGUGCAGUUUUCAAAUUGCAUGAGAGAUUUUUAUUAUAGCUUACAUUAUCAAUAUUGUGCACAUUUGGCGUGCAGUGUUCAAGCCUCAAGCCAGAAAAAAGUAGUUGUGCUGGUUUUCUUGGUAAAAAAAAAAGCUGGCCUGGAACUCAUUUUGUAGAAAUUGAAAUAGCAGUCAUAAUAUU